CAAGACUCCUCUCUACUGGUGCACUACUACUCUGCCAAGUUGUGAGAAAAACCCUAGAUUGCCAAUUUGCAAGAAAAGAACGAUCAAGCGAAAAAAAAAAAAAAAAAAAAAAACUUGCUCUGAGUCUAAUUAUCAAAAACGUGCUCUGAGCUGAAGCUUCUUCCAAUCUUCGCCUCGUGAAGAUGGCCGAUUUCUCAUUCCUCUCCGACACCGACGACUCGGCCGUGGAAGACCUCAUUUCCCAAGCGCGCGACCUCUGCGUCCUCGAACAAGUCGCUGCCAUCAACUGCUCCGGUUUCGCCGACGAAGUCCUCCCCACCGACCUCGAAUCCCGCUUCUCCAGACUAAAAUCCUUCCCCGCGACCACCACCACCGCCAACCCCAAGCCCAGACCCUCCUCGCACGCCUCUUCUGCUCGUUUCGAUUCCCAUUUCGCUUCGAAGACCCACUUGGAUGACAAAGUUUUCUCGCCUUCCAGACAGGACCAAGCUGGUAAGAAAUCUGGGUCUCUCUCACCGCCCUUGGACUCGCCGGGAACGCCAUCUGAACAGCGGAAAACGCGUUCUAAAGGGGAACCCAAAUGUGGGUCGGUUUCGAUUUCUUCGAAUUCUUCUUCGGAUUCGUCUCUGGGGAGACCGAAAUUCCCGUCUUUGAAACGGAGUUUCGACGGUAAGAAACGUUUCGGUUCCACCUCGAAUUCUUCUUCUGAGUUCACUCGCAAAAGUGUAGACGUUUCGAAACGGGGCUUCGACAAGAAGAAACGUUUCGGUUUGAGACCGGAAAGUCGGUCCUUUUCUAAUUCUCCUCUGGGCUCUUCGAAAUAUUCAAGGGAAUCUCCCUCCCCGCCGAGAAAACCAGGUUGCUUCUGGUGUUCUCCGAAGAAGGGUUCUUCCACCAGAAAGGAAGACAUUUGGACAGAAAGAGAUGAUUUCGGUUGGAGCAAGAACGAGGAGCUGUUGGCGGAUUUAGGCAGUUUCUCCAUAAAAGAGCAGCGAAAGAUACUCAAAAAGGCAAUGGUGGAACAAAAGAAGAUUAGUUUAGAGGCCCAGAAAAUUGUCAAGUUGGCUAAGCAAGCAUCUUUGAGGAUGAACGUUUCUGGCAUAGAAGAUGAGCUAAGUGAUGAUUAGAUUACUCAAUGAGCGUUAUUUUCAAAACUUUGCUUUUCUUUUUAUUUUUUAUUUUUUUAAGUUACUUCAUAAAUUUCAGAAACAUAGCCGAUACAAGUUGUUCAUGGUUUAAUAUUUAUAA